UCUACAAAGUUGUUAUUUUUAAUAAAUUAUCAAAUUGUCUAAACUUUUUUUUAAACAAUGGUUACACACCUUAUUCGUAUCGAAUUAAUAAAAAUGGUUGUUAUUAUUAUAUAUAAGGAAGCUUUCCCUGAGACACUAAUAGCAUUUUGAAGAAUGUUAUUUUUCAGUAUAAGUAGGACUUUCCAGUAUAAGGAUACCAGUACUUAAAAUACUAAGGUUACCUGUUGUGUUCAAAGCCCAUUUUGUUGUUUGUUGUAAAAAAAAUCAAACAAGAAAUCAGAAAAAUUGUACACUUGCAGCUCUAAUGGUUUCCAUUCAUGAAAUAUAUGACACAUCUUAAACAAAAAAAAUUAUUCAAAAUUUUUGAGGAAUAAUGUGCGAUUUAACCAGUUUCAAACUUUUGCAGCCUGUAAAACUGUCAAACAAUAAACCUUGUAGUAUAAAAAGAUUGCCUUGAACGUAAACUAGGCCGUAUUUUAUGUCCCUUAAAAUACCAAUGUUGCUAGAUUUGGAUAUUUGAUUUUGGACUGAUGAAAUUUGUAAAGUAUAUGUCUUUGACAAUACUCAUUAUUCAUUCCCAAUCAUAACAAUAUGAAAAGAAAUUAGUUACAAAAUCCGCUAUAGAACCACGUUAUGCCAACUGAUAGUGUGCUAGUGCCAGGAUGAGUUGGUCACUGUGGCUGUGUCUGCUGCUGAUGGCAGUGGUGACUGGGGGCGAGGAGCGGGAGGAGAGGCUCAUGAGUGCAGCGAGCGCUCGGACCAUGCUGGCUGACAUCGCCAAGGAGCUGAUAGCACGGUCAGGAACUAGCAGUCAGGUGCUGAGUUUGAACCUGACAAACCUGAUCAUCCUGUUGGUGCUGAAGGGACUUCUGCUAGGAGCUGCGAUGUGGGGCACUGGAACAUGGAAGGGAAGAAGUGUGGAGGGGGAAGUGGCUCCCCCCUCCAUCUCCCUGCUGACAGAGUCCGAGCUCGUAUUGCUUAUCAGUUACCUCAUGGGGGAAAGUGAUAACAAGUAUGACUGCCUACUACGAGUCGCUUGCCAAGAGCCCAAGAAGGCCAGAGAAUACAUUGUCGCUGGCAAGAUGCUCAUUAAAGGCGUGAAGGUCAUGGAAAAAGUGAUACCUGUGAAUCCCAAGUACGAGAGGCUGCUGGAACAGUUACAUCGAGCCGUGCAGUUCGGGAGUGAUGGUGGAUUGUGUGAUCAACAGUACUCCUGUAGUGGUCACAAGUCUUAAGUGAUCUUAACUUCAAGUUCAUUGGGUGCCAACACAGUUGAUAGAUUCAAAAUUACAAGUCAGCUUAAAGUGAUCAAAUCGGUUUUUGGUUAGGUUAAUUUUGUUCAAUUUCAAAGUCCCCUAUAACUUUGCUGAAGCUAGGAAAAGGAAAUGUCUUGAGGGAGGUAUCUUAACCCUUAUAGUUCCAAUGUCCUUAUUUAUGGUUGUUUGAAAAAUUACAAAGAAAUGCCAGUGUCCCAUUGAUACAGAUGUUGCAGAAAUUACCAAAAUGCUGAUGUACGGAUGUUCACAGAAAAAAUUCCACUACGUCCAUUUUUUAACAUAAUAAACAGCAAAUUAACUGUGGUAUAAAGCAACACAAAAAAGAGAAUAUGUAGCUUUCUAUAAUACAAUAUAAAUUUUACAGUUUUUACAGCAUUAUCAAACUAUUGAUGAUUGUAUGCAGUUUAAUUUUAUUUUUCAAGUGGUUUUAUGUUUUAUAAUAAAAUAUUUUUUCAAAGUGCUAACUAAAUAUUUUUAGUUUUAUAAUUUUUAAAAGUAAAUUUCAUUCCAAAAUAAGAUUGUUUUAUAGCUUUUACGAAGGAAAUUCAUUUUUCUACUAACAAGUAUCUCAAUAUUUGUAUUUUUAACAAUUUCUUUAGUGAAACACUGCAAAAAGGCUGAUAUAGGCCUCGCAUCCUUCAGUAGUACUGGAUGGAAAAUACUCAGCAUUCUUGAAAAUUACUUAAUUUUUGACAUGGUACUAUAAGGGUUAAAGGGUGGUGACUACACAUUUUUAAGUUUUAAUCUAAAAGAAAAACCUAUUGCACUACCUGAAUGAAGUAUAAUUUUAAAUAUGUAAUAACUAAAUCCAUGAUUUCAAAAGGCAUAUUGUUAUUAAAUAAAGAUAUUUAAAUAAUGUGACAAAGAAAAGCCUUUCAUAAAUUGGUUACUUAAUUACAAAAAACCUAAAAGUGCAAAUUUAAACCAUUAUUUAGUUGUAAGUGUUGUUUAAUGUGAUAUAAUCUGUACAUCCACAAAUAACUGUUUGUUGAUUAUGUAAUUGAAUGUUAAUAAAAUGUUAAGUUGA